AAUACAAGUUUUCAGCUGUAUCUUUUCCGCGCUGAAUUGGCUGACUUGCUGACUUCGGAGAGUCCAACGACGGAGCAGGAGAGAGCAAGUGAAUCGACGACGAACCAGCUUGCUUUGUUGCCGUGUGUUGGUUCCCGGCGAUCCAAGCCCAGCUCGAACUGGAACUGAACACUGGCAGCAGGCCGCGCGCGAGUAAAAACCAUCCAAGUGUCUAUAUCAUAGAAGAGAAAAAGUCCGUGUAUCAGUAUGCAGCGCAAUACGGUAGACAGCAGAACUACACGAACGACGACGACGACGACGACGGUGACGCGGAGUUGAGACCAGCAGUCACGGUCUCCGGUGCCAGAAAGUCACAAGUGUCUUGUUAAAAGGGUGCGCGCGCGAAUUACCCAGUUUCCGGUUCCUCCCGGCAAUCCAAUUAGAAUCCUGAACAAUUGAUCAUUAUCCUUCGGGUGAAGGUGUAGGUGCUUGCGGGUGUUAGUGUGUGUGCGCUAGUGUGUGCCGAUUAGGUGCAGUGAUUCUGGAAACAUUCCAAAAGUGCCACAGGCGUGAGACAUCUAUUUGGCUAGGGCUGUUCUGGACGAAAGCUUAUCAGUAGACGAUAAGAUUGUCAACAAUUGUCGGAACCGUUUGUUGUUGCCGCUGUGUCUUACAUGUGUGAAGAGGGGCAUGCGCGUGGUAAAUGUAAACAAUUAGCAGUUACACGAGAGAACAAAUAGACCUUGAAAGUGCGUCGGAAAUCCUGGCGCUUCGGAGCACGAAUCUUGCCCGAAGAUUGACGAACCUUCCGAGUGAGAGUGUUAAUAGGAUUGUGUUACUCGACGGCGCUUGCGAUGAGAUCAUAACUUGGUUCGAGAGCAGCCAAGUGAUUAAUUUCCAUCAAUUUCUGGUAGUUAAUCCAAGCUUGAUAAAUACUCAAGCGUGCCGAGUUUGUGGUUGUUGAUAAAUGUUAUUGGAAACCGUCGGCCAAGCGAACGUGAUGGAGCAAUCGAAUGAGUCAGCCUCUGCUGCCGGGGCCACAGCGACCAGUAAUGUGGCACGAAGUUCACAACCGGGUGAUUUUGCAGCUGCCGCCGCGGUCGUGCUUUCGCUGCAGAACAACAUGUUAACCAGUUUGCAACAGGCGGCCCUUAUGCCAGCCAAUUCUCCCGUUGCAGCUGCUUUCAACCUUCAGGCACUCGAGUCAUAUCUCACGUUGCAAAGAAUCACCGGAAAGUCGGAUGUGCUUCGACUAACUAACCGUACCCCGUUACCUUCGAUGCCUCUGACCUCUUCGGCAUCCACAUGCACCUCCUCUUCCGUUACCAAUGUAACAACCGCCUCGGACGAUAUGCUUAUGGAUACUCAACCUGCAACGGUGCACCAGUUGCUCCAGAACAAUGAACUUUCUGAUGAGCUUCCGGUUUUGGACCAGGAUGAAGAUCUCAAUUUCGACGAUCCAAUGCAUGAUUCAACCUCCGACGGCAAUUCCCUAGACAGUGGCUACCCCAGUUUAGUUCUAAAUGCUGCCUUCCAUCAGCAAAUGAGUGCCGACAAGUUUAAAACUCUGGCGGCGGCAUCAUCAUCUUCCAGUUCUGCCGCCGCCGUCGCAGCUGCAGCCGCCGCAGUAAGCUUUGUGACGAACGCUGCAGCUGCUGCAUCGAAAAAAUGUACACCUACGCCAUCUGCGACCGUGACCACCCAAGCCCAGGGACAUCAGUCCUCGGCCGUUGCCAUCACCACGGCUGCCGCCAGUCAAAGACCCAAAAAGCAAUUCAUUUGCCAAUUUUGCCAACGUCAAUUUACGAAAUCGUACAACCUGCUAAUUCACGAACGGACCCACACGGACGAACGGCCAUACUCGUGUGACAUUUGCGGAAAAGCCUUCCGUCGGCAGGACCAUCUACGUGAUCAUAGAUACAUCCACUCCAAGGAGAAACCCUUCAAAUGCCUGGAAUGCGGAAAGGGAUUCUGCCAGUCGCGGACGUUGGCCGUUCACAAGAUCCUGCAUAUGGAGGAAUCCCCCCACAAGUGUCCCGUGUGCAGCAGGAGCUUCAACCAGCGAUCGAAUCUUAAGACACAUCUGCUGACCCACACCGACAUCAAACCGUACCACUGUGCGUCUUGCGGUAAGGUAUUCCGACGGAAUUGUGAUCUACGAAGGCACAGUUUGACGCACAAUCUGGGAGCGACCGGCCUGGGCGGAGCGGAUGGGCAGCUGGACAUGGCAGGAAGUUCCUCGUCGAUGGGUGGUGCCAGUGACUCUGAGACCAACACGAUCGAUCUGAUGGCGUUGGCCGGGGUGGAUUGAAGUAAGUUGACGGAA